AUGAUCCCACCACCUGUUUUCAACAAGCUCCCUGACCUGCAAUUCCGCGCAGGAAAAAUGAAAUAUGCAGGCGGAAUUGUAACAGCCGACAAGAGAAAGGGUUACCUUACAUUUUUUUCGGCUGGCACAAGCGCUGUUGAGAUGAUCUGGGCAUCCGAGUCCGAGAAAUCGGCACCCAUUGUGUUGCCUCGCGGAAAGACCACCGUUAGUUUUGUGGCCCAGUGCAAGACCGGACGUGUGCUUUUAUUCGAAGCAAAUGUGAAUGACGAGAAAAAACAAUAUUUCUUCUGGCUGCAGGAUAAAUCGGAGCAGAAGGACAGUGCUUAUUUGGCGGCCCUGGAGAGCAUGCUCGCAGAGCGCACGGCUAACAAUCGACCAAAGGCAACCGUCAACCUUGAAGAUUUCAAAAAGAUUUUGGCGUCAGUGUCCAAGUCGAAGAAGGAUAUCAAGCUGACUGACGUUUUGUCCUCCUCUAUUGUGAGUGAAGAACUGAGCAGUGACCCCACCUAUUACAAAGCAAAACUCGCGGACUACUUGCCGAGAGAUGGUGGAGAGCAGGAUGACAUCCUCUCUCAAGUGAAAAACCCGCAAGUUUCACAAGCAGUAACAAUGCUUGAGGCUGCAUUACAAGACCCUGCAACUUACAGACAGCUCUGUGCCUCAUUUGGUGUUCCUGAUACCGACCCUAACGGAGGUGUAUUGGCGUUUCUCAACGGAAUUAUUGCGGCAGCGAAGAAGCCCUGA